UGACCUAUGUGGGCCAGGAUUGUCUUCCAUUGAAAUAUAAUUUUCUCAUAUCUUUGCAUUUGGAAGCAGGUGCAAACCAGCUAUUUUUCUUUUCCAAUAUUCAGAUUUCAGCGACCAUAUUGGGGGAAGCAGGCUUCAUUUUCUGAAUUUUCUUUGUUUUGACUUGUGAAUGCUGACGAAUGGAACGCUACAUGACAUCAGUCGAAAGCCUCCUGAUGUGUAGAGAUGUUUACAUGCGUGAAUAAAACGGAGGUGUGUGCUAGGGGUCAGGGUUGUGAUUUGGGGGAGCAUUUAGGCAAUUCAUAGGGUCAAACAGCUGAUAAAAUUAUAAAUAGGAUCAGCCUGUCCGCAGAGUUCACCAAGUGAAUUUGCUCAAAAACAUAUCAUGUAGUUGAACUUUAUUUGUCAAAAUAUUAGCUUAAGGAAGAAUAUAGUGCUAAGUUUUUGCACACUGUGCUCUACAAAGUGCAAAUGGCGACAACAGUUGCACCUCUCUGCAGUUGGCUUAUUGCUGCAUGCGUUUCUAGGACUGUAUUUGAAGUUUCUUGCAAUGAGCCAAAGGCCAUGUCUUCUCCUCUGGGAAGGAGAGCUAAAAGGCGAAUUGGCCGGUCCAGACAGCUGUCAUCAAAUUAUAUGUCGACUCUCUUUUGUAAGGAUCAUGCAGUACCAGGAGGAAGUUUGGUUGGCUUCUGUGGCUCGAGCCUUCAAGGUUUGGGUUCUUGCUUUUCCUUUGAAGCAUGUCCAGAGUACAAUAACUCAAAGAGGUCCCAGUUUUUUCCAGACAGUUUCUUUGGAUCCAAACCUAUGAAGACUGGUUGGAGACGGCGGAAAUUAAGAGCUACAGGCAGAGCAAUGGCUGUUGCUGUGCAACCUGUGAAAGGUGCACCAGAGAAGAAAAAAAUGACUACUAAACAAAGAAGAGUAGUUGUGACUGGAAUGGGUGUUGUGACUUCCCUUGGUCACGAUCCAGAUACUUUCUACAAUAAUCUUCUUCAGGGAAAGAGUGGUAUCAGUGAAAUCGAGAGCUUUGACUGCAAGGAUUUUCCAACUAGAAUAGCAGGUGAAAUAAAGUCAUUUUCAACAGAUGGUUGGGUUGCACCAAAACUUUCAAAACGAAUGGAUAAAUUUAUGCUUUACAUGCUUACUGCUGGAAAGAAAGCACUGGCAGAUGGCGGAAUGGAUGAGGAAGUACUCAAAGAUUUGGACAAAUCGAAAUGUGGAGUUUUGAUUGGUUCUGCAUUGGGUGGAAUGAAGGUAUUCAAUGAUGCAGUAGAAGCACUAAGGAUUUCUUACAGGAAAAUGAACCCAUUUUGUGUACCUUUUGCUACAACAAAUAUGGGAUCUGCAAUGAUGGCAAUGGAUCUGGGAUGGAUGGGUCCAAACUAUUCUAUAUCUACUGCUUGUGCAACAAGCAAUUUCUGUCUCAUAGGUGCUGCAAAUCACAUCAUUCGAGGAGAAGCUGAUGUCAUGCUCUCUGGUGGUUCUGAUGCUGCAAUUAUUCCAAUUGGUCUUGGGGGAUUUGUAGCUUGCAGAGCAUUAUCGGAAAGAAAUGAUGAUCCCACAAAAGCAUCGCGGCCAUGGGAUGCUGAUCGUGAUGGGUUUGUCAUGGGGGAGGGAGCAGGAGUUCUUCUUUUGGAGGAAUUAGAACAUGCGAAGAAAAGAGGAGCAAAGAUUUAUGCUGAGUUUCUCGGAGGAAGUUCUACAUCUGAUGCUUAUCAUAUGACAGAGCCUCAUCCAGAAGGCACAGGUGUCGUCUUAUGUAUAGAAAAGGCUUUGCAUCAAGCAGGUGUAAGUAAAGAAAGUGUAAACUAUGUGAAUGCUCAUGCAACUUCAACUAAAGCUGGUGAUUUGCAAGAGUACAAAGCCUUGAUCCGUUGUUUUGGCAAUAAUCCUGAGCUGAAGGUGAAUUCUACAAAAUCGUUGAUUGGACAUUUGCUGGGUGCAGCUGGAGCUGUAGAAGCCGUUGCAACUGUCCAGGCCAUUCGCACAGGUUGGGUCCAUCCCACCAUCAAUCUUGAAAAUCCUGAGAAAGAUGUGGUGAAAUCCACGGCAAUGGCGAUGAAAAUGAUAGAUAUGCCACUGGCUAGGACAGCUAUGUGGGAAAACUUGGGCCAAAUGUGGCUUCAUAAUAGAUUAUUUAUGAUUACAAGCUACAUGCUUAUGAAUGAUUUUAAGAAAAACUUAAUUUGGUUGGACUCUUCUUAAAUGGGUAUAUGAGUACUCUCGAGUUAAAGCAUUGGCUGCAAGCUAGAGCCUACAUCAAGUAAGUUGAAUUUUGGAUUUGUAGGUUAUUAUUAACAUAUUUUGUUUUUCUUCUUCAUCAUUUAACUCCUUAUAUUUGGAAAUACUAGCAUUUGCAUAGUUUAAACCUAGAAAGUGCAAUGUUUGUACUGAUAAGAAAAUGAUGGUAUUAUUGAUAGACAUCAUACUGAUUGAGAUGUA